ACGGCUUUACGGCUGCUUGCUUUUGCGCAAGUUUCAAGCGAUGCGCCACCGCGUCGGCCCCGCCGCCGCCGCCGCGGCGGCGCUCCGGCGGUUCUCCCACCUCCGCCCGCCGGCCCCGCCGGACCCGAGGCUCGCCUUCCUUCGCUCAGAGUUUGAUGGCCGUGAGCCCGGCCGACAGCCACCGUCACCGGAAACAAGAGAGGAGCCAAAAGGUGGCGAGCGCGCGCGCUCGCCGGUGGCCGUGGAUAUCGCGCACCCGUGGCCGGAGUGGGUGGCGCUGAUGGAGCUCCUCCUUCAGAGGGGCCACCUCGACGCCUCCGUGUUCGCCGGCGGCGCGGCUGGCUCGCCGUCCAAGGAUUCCAACGUUAUCCGCACCGCCUGCCUCCGGUUUGGGCGAGAGCGGCCGGAGCUUAUCAGGCAUCUAUCAAGAUGGGAUAUCCAGGUUGCUCUCCGGUAUGGGUGCCCCAGCAUUGACAGGAAGGUUGUUAAUUCUGGGAAGCGAUUACGUGCUCAUGUAGGCCUUGAUGAAGGAGAGGUCUGCAGCCAAUGCAAUUUAAGGGGUGGAUGCGAGAGGGCAUAUGUAAAGGCUCGGAAGGAGGAAAUUGGAAGAACUGUGGAUGUUAUGCGCAUCCUUUUGACUUAUGGGCUUGACACAGUUACUGGCAAUGUGGAGAACAGAGCAUGUCUAAACAAAACCGUUAAAGAAUCCAUUAAGAGCCUACUUAAUGAGAUUGUUGGGUUCGAUUCCAUGGGUCCUGGUUCCAGCACUGAAAAGCCCACACACCGUAUGCCAAAAGGACAAUCUUCUAUUCCUAUGAAGCAGGGUGAUUGGAAUUGUCCCAAAUGCAACUUCUUGAACUUUGCAAAGAAUAUAAAAUGUUUACGCUGCAAUGGAGAAUUUGAAGAGAGGUAUCAGCUGCUCCAUGAGAACCAAGAGCAUCUUCCUCUCAAAAAGGGUGAUUGGAUAUGCAAAAGGUGCAACUUUUUGAAUUUUGCAAAGAAUACAAGAUGCCUUCAGUGCCAUGAGAAACCAACAAACCGUCAACUCAAUCCAGGGGAAUGGGAGUGUGUCUCGUGUAAUUAUUUGAACUUCAAGAGGAAUGCAUUCUGUUUGAAAUGUGGUUGGAAAAGACCAAAAUCAUUGAACAACCAAGACAGUAUUGAAUCACAACGUGACUUAGAUGAUAAUAAGCAUUCUGCUAUUUCAUUUAUCCAAGAUGGCAUCCAAUCGAGGAGGCAAAUUCUGCAAAAUAAGGCUCCAUUGUCUGACGAAGAUUCAGACUUCUGGAGCUCCGAGGAGGAAGGGGCCUACCACAGUGACAAAAACAUUCCCCCAAUAAAGAAGGAUUACAAGUUCCUUGAAAGUUUUCCCAUCAUUGGGGGUAGGACUGCUAUGUCUCAAGAUCCUCUUGAGAGGGAGAAAUGGAAGGACGAAAUGUCCAGGAGAAACAAAGGGCUCCUAACAGAAGUAUCAGAAGAAAGUAAUCGGCCUUCGUGCCCCGUUCGUAUUCCGAGAAGCAUUGAGCAGAUUGAAUCUGGUGACGACGACGACGACGACAUUUCAUCAUGGUUUUCUGGUGGUACUAGUAAUAUUAACAUGAAAAAGGCAUAGCCAGAUUUCUGUAAACGCUAGUAUCUGCACAAUUUCAUCUGUAAUAUUUACAGUGUAGGCAUUCAGUAAGAAAAAAUCAUGUCUCGCAAAGAACUUCAGUAUUGUACUUCUGCUAUGAUCUGUCUUGGCAAAUAAUAUACUAUGAUUUUACAAGUUUUUGUA